AUGUUUCCGCUAGAAAUCAUGUGCUUAUCAAGGAUACCAUCAUUACUGGCACAGAUAAACAUGAAUGAAUGGAGAGAUGCAAAUCCCAUACUUUUACUGAAUGUGUUUAUCGGAGAGGAGGCUAUUUUGCUUCUCAUGAAUCUCGCCUUCAGCAUUUCGUACUUGGAGGCCUUUUCCACUGCUGUCUUUCCUGUUUUCCCACAACCCUCAUUAGUUUGGCCUGUUAUGCUUUCAGUUGACUACAUUUUUGCUGCCUCUACUGGAAUAUCGGUUCAACUGUUUUGUAGAUGCCUCAAUGUUCUUUUGAUGUACGAUACUGCUACAAAACCAACCCCCCUUGUAGGCCUAAUUAUUGCCGUGAUGCGUCGUGGCUGUGUGCGAAUGAAUCCAAUGACUUUGUUGAAUUACUUUGCUAUUAUUUUCAAAGGUGUUGGCACAUCUGCAACGAAGGUGUCAUCGUACUUCAAGGAGCCAGGGACUGCUGUUAUCUAUUAUAUUGGGCAGACAGUGGAGGUCGCUACUGAUUUCGAUCAUCCGAGAGUGAACAGUGAAAAGAAACUCCAUCAUCGUGUCGGUAAAAAGGCUUUCAGCGCCAUUCUAAACGUCGCACCACAGAUUACCCUAAGAAAACAAAGCACAACUAAAGAAACUAAAAUGGAACGGAAAGGAAUUACUGCCACUGUCAAACUAGCAAAUUAUUUGUUAGAACAUAUUCGCAAGUGCUUUACAUUGCUUGCAAAGUUUAAAACUUUAAUCAAUAAAAGAUUAAAAAAAUAUUUUACUAGGAAGAUUGCUGAAGGAAAACGUACUUGUGAAACUGGAGACCAAAUUAAUGAAAUACCUCCCAUGUGCAUGCUUAACACUUGCUGCUGGACAGUGACGAAUUUCUACAUAAUGAAGUUCUCAGUGGAACACCAAAGGCUUAUACUAUUGCCUCAAAUAUCUGUUUCUCAAAAACAUUAUGAAUUAUUGCAAAAUAUCGUUUUAAGAGCUGUAGUAAAAUCAGUUCUUAAACUGCCUUCCUUAUGUACUAUCAUUUAUAAAAUCCCAAAGUGGAACACCUGUCAACCUCAUUAUUCCAUUUGUGUAAAUGUAUUUUUUCAAUUAAGAGGGAAAUUCCGCACUGCUCCGUCUGCUGCCAGUUUCAUUGAAUGGAUAAUAUUUGACCGCAUCUCCUUAGGAUCCAGCUUUAACAAUCAUUUCAAGGCAAUUCGCUUGGCAGUCUCACAGGAGACCGACAAACAGAUGAUAAAUGGGAGUGGUGUAGAGUUCAUGUUGCCCCAACUAAAUAUGUAUGUCAGCGAUAGCAAUUUUGCAUAUUUUUAUGAUGCGAACAAAGUUUUUCCUUCUAGGUACCAAAUUUUAAUAAUUAGUUACUCUGCUUCGAGAUAUUUUGCAAACAUCUCACUAAAUACUAUACAUAAUGAAAUAUCUUCAUCUAGCCAUUGCCCCCAACCUAAAAACCUAAAUCUGGCAGUGGAAGAUAAAGAUAAUUUCGAUGAUAUAUUUAAAUUACAUUCACCUAAGUAUUUGAUCUUAAAACUACAAUCUAGUGGAUUCUUCCAGGAAUUAUGUGCAUUCUUCACGGCUAAUGUCGCCUCAGUUGUUGAUGGCUUUCCUACAAAUUUACCUAAAGACUGCCUCGGCAAAUCAUUCCUUUCAUCUUACUUAGCAGUCGAACUUACUAUGCCUUACAAAUACUUUCAGUUGCGUUUGCUUACAACACUUGAACUAAUUUUACGUUGCCUAUUGACUCAGGUCGUAGCCAAAGAUGUUCUUAUGUUUUUUGGCUUUCCGAAUUGUCACGAUGGGUGUGAAAUAUGUGAUGAACUUGUAUGUUUGCAGUCACGCGAACCUAUUUCGAUUGCCUUGCAAAAGCCAAAUUUGACUUCCCCAAUGCAAAACUUGGCUGUUACCUCCAAAGUUGUGCUUGUCUCUUGGACUUGGUUAUGUGAAAUUUCGAAACAACCAUGCAUCAUGAGUUAA